AUCACGUUUCACGACAGUGACAGUGUGCCACAGUGAGUGUUGUUGGUGCAAGCGUUUUUAGUGACGCGAGAUCGCGCGCGUUUCUUCGUCUCGCGCUAACCUACCGACGGCUCGCGUUCCCUCCGCGAAGCCGUCGGGAACAGUGGACUUGCCUGCUUACCCUGCUACCUGUUUACUCUCGUCCGUCUAUCCAUCGUUCCAAUCUUUCUCUCGGAGUCCCUAGAAUUUCCCUAUUUUGAAUUCCUCGGAAAGUGUAGAGAGAGGCUGGCGAGUCUGUCGGGAGAGAAGGUGUGACAAGUCUAAUCGAAGGAUAAUAUAUAUAUAUAUAUAUUAGCGAGGAUGCAGGUGGCAACGCUGUUUCGGGAGAGCGCGAAUCUGCUGGGUGCCUCUAGCCUGGAUCCCCCGCAGACUCACCAUCACCAGGCUAUGCACCCGCAGCAACAGCAACAACAGCAGCAACUUCAACAACAUCCCGCCGAACUGCAUUUGGCUCAUCACAUGCAACAUCACUAUAAAUUAUCGUAUCCGUCGCCUGUGCAAAACGGAGGGCCACCAAAUGGGACACCGAUGAAUUGCGCUGGUUCUCAAGGAGUGAUGGUAAAGCAGGAAGCGAGGGAUGACGGUUACGAGACAAGUCCGGACCUCGAGAUGAGGAGCACCGGUGGUGACAGCAGUCAGCAGUACCACACGCCGCUGACACCGCACACACCGCACACACCACACACGCCGCACACACCCCUCACGCCGAUAUCGGCGACAGCGCAUCAACCCCAGCAACCUGCCUCCACCGCUUCCACCCUCGGACAGGUGGCGAUCAAAUGCGAGACACCGGUGGACCCGUACUCGUUCGUGGACGAGGAGAUGUCGAUGGGCGGCAUAAGGACGGCGAGCAGUCCGGUCGGGAAUCCCGAAAACAUGACGUGUCCAGGUGGAGGGCAAGCGGUGCUGGCUACACCUACGUCAACGCCGCCCGGCUCGCUCUCCGCACCGCAACAUCUUCAAAUGAACCUCGGCGUGAUGAACGGCAACGUGAAUCCCCAGUUGACGGCGCAUCAACCGAAAAAGAGGGGCCGCAAGAGGAAAUCCGAGAUGAUUCUCACCCCGGAAGAAGCGGAGCUAGCCGAGGCGAAGAAACGAGCAAAGACGUACAAAGAGAGGAAGAAGCACGACAGAUUCGACGGUAUGCCGGAAGAGGAAGUGAGCAAGCGCGUACUUCCGGAUCAUCUCACCAACAAUUUGGACAUUAUCAUAAUUGGAAUCAACCCAGGACUGUUCGCCGCUUACAAGGGUCAUCACUACGCCGGACCGGGGAACCACUUCUGGAAGUGUUUACACUUGAGUGGAUUGACACCCGAACCAUUGACGGCAGAUGAUGACUACAAGCUCUUACGCUUCGGUAUCGGUUUCACGAAUAUGGUGGCUCGCGCCACCAAAGGCAGUGCCGAUCUAACGAGGAAAGAAAUCAAAGAAGGCAGCCACAUCCUGUUGGAAAAAUUACGAAAAUACAAGCCGAAAAUCGCUGUAUUUAACGGUAAACUUAUAUACGAGGUAUUCUCUGGAAAGAAGGAUUUCGGAUUCGGUAGACAACCCAACCUGGUCGAGGGUACAAAUACGUACAUGUGGGUGAUGCCAUCGAGUAGCGCGAGAUGCGCGCAACUUCCGCGAGCGGCGGACAAGGUGCCAUAUUAUGCGGCGCUGAAAAAGUUUCGCGAUUACUUAAACGGCACCAUCUCCCAUCUGGACGAGUCGGACAUAGUGUUCGCCGACGCGAAGUUGAAGAAGAAGGAGCAGGAGGCGAUCGAGGAUAAGAAGCCCUCUUACUGCGAGGAGUUGACGAACGAUGGAGAGAGCAGGAUCGGCGAGAUGAACGGGAUGAAACACGAUUCCCAGAUACCCGGGAAGAAGAAGAGGGGCAGGCCGAAGAAGAUCAAGAAUCCGGAGGAUCAACCGCCCCCGGACCCCGAAAAAUUGGACGCGAACGGCGAGGUGAUAAAGAAGCGGCGGGGACGGCCGAAGAAAAUUCAUCAACAGCAGAAGCAACAGGAGCGGGAGAUGAGGGAAAGGGAGCAGCAGCAACAGCAUCAGCAGCAUCAGCACCCUGGGAUGGGCCACCUAGGGGACGGUUACGGGGGCGUGGUGCCCAACUGCUUCUCACCGCCGAAGACGUUCGCCCAUAUGGCCCCGUAUCCCCAGCCGAUCAACGAUUCAGGUUAUUACGGGCAAAGCUUGAACGACAGCCCGUACAGUAUAAACGCGAAACAGAGCCCGGUACACUUGCAACACUACAGCCAAAGUCCAAAGUCGAUGUCGCUCUCGUUCACUCAUUCCGAUCUAUCCUCGGAGAUAAACACGGCCAUAUCCUCGGAGAACAACUUGGAACCGUCGCCGCUGACGUCCCCGAGCGUGGAGCACCCGGAUUUCGAGCCGCCCACCAGUAUAUCCCAGCAAAAUAUGAGCAACGAUCAUCGCCAGUACAAUCCAGCGGGGAAUCCCGAGAACACGGGGCAUCACGGCAGCCCAGGGACGCCCUCUCACCCGAGUUACACGAGUUACAUGGGUUACCACGAGCAAACGUCCGAUCCUCACAAUCCCCAUCCCCAUCAAACGACGCCGACGCCGUUGAGCCAAACCACCGACGAACACUCGCAUCACUCCCAUCCGACGCCCCCCCACACGCACCCACACACGCCGACGCACGCGUCCAUGUCGCCGCACCACCAUCCGCACGAACAGUACGCGGCCAUGAAGAGGAACGGGGGGGGGCAGGACGUCGCCUCGAAAAGUUUAAGCGAUCUCGAAUCUCUAGUCGAUCAGAUACCGAGCAUAGCCGAUGGUGGUAGCCAACGCCUCCAACACACCCAUCCAGGGAUGGGAUCAGACGAUGGAUCCCUCGCGGAAAAAAUGGAGGCCCAUCAUCAGUCUUAUCUGUCCGGAUUCUCCGGCAUGCCCAACGCGGGCAUGUCCAAUUACAGCCCCCCUUUGGCGCCCGCCGGUGCUAUUUAUCCAACUUCGUUGCAUCAUUCGCCCAACGACGGUUACGGUUCCCUUUACGGCAUGAACGGGCGUCAACAUCAAGACUCGCAACAACAGCAACAACAGCAGCAGCAGCAGCAGCAACAGCAUCAACAGCAGCAGCAGCAGCAGCAACAACAACAGCAGCAGCAGCAGCAGCAGCAACAACAGCAUAGCAAAUCUUACACGGUGGAAAAUCUAGCGUCUAGCAAUUACACGCCGAGCAUGAGCCACGGGCAUCCCGGUAAUUCGUAUCCGAAUAUAAUUCCUGGACCUCAUUAUCCCGUGCCGAUGGGAUCGACGAACGGGUAUCUUUUCGGUGGCCUUGAGUCAAGCUUGAUGCAACGAACCUACGGGAUGAGCGGUAUGAGCGGUAUGGGGGGAAUGCAUCCAUCCCUCGGUCAUAUGGCCAAUCCUUAUUCCUACAAUGGUUCGUACUCUAGUUCCUUCGACGCCUAUCCGGCCCCACCGGCUGGGAUUCACGCGCCCAGCGCCAAUUAUCCCGGCGGUUACACGAGCGUUGGUAGCACAACGCCAGGUACUUCGCCAGGCACGACGCCACCGUCUUACCUCCCUUCCCAUCACAGACCGUCGGUCGACCUCGCUUACGAUGGUGUAUGAUAAUCGAUGUAAAACUAUUCCACGUACAAACGCGCACGCUCACACGCGCUCACACACACAUACACAUAUACACAGAGACACGCACGCAUAGACACACACACAGACACACACACGUAAAACAUGGAACAGGCAUGGACACGCGCUUACGCUCACGCUCUCACUUCGUUCGUAUCUGCGCGUACCUGCUCGCGCGCGCGUGUCAAUCCAUAAAAUCAGGCACACAAAGGUAUGCACUGGCAACAGGCAACAGACGGAGAGACGGACAGACGGACAAACAGACGGGCAACAAGCAAACGAUUCGAGCGCUACGUUUAUCUUUUCUACGUAUUUUUACACAGUUUAGGAUCCGCCGGAACAAUCCGCCUCCUGGCGUGACUUGAUACUGCGAUUUGCGCGCGCGUUUUCUCUUCCUAAUCCUUCCUUCUUUCGCCCAUUUAAUCUCUCUCUUUCUAUCCUUUCUCCCAAUCUCGCUCCUUUUUUCACUUCUUCAAUCCGCCCUCUCGAUUUUCUCCCUCCACUUCUCUUUACAUCCACGGCUCGAUUAACUGUUACCUAAGAGUACCUAUAUGCCGCGAGUAGCAACGAGCGCACGGUUCGAAGUUGCGUUGAAAAGUGUGAAAGGGAAAGAAGAAGGGGAUAAGGCGAUGGAACGAACAGCACGUGCUGUGAAGUUAGUUGAUAUUGUUGUAUGGAAACGCGUUAAUGAUUCGAAAGAUGGCGUGCUCGUCGAUAUGCUAUUCGUCUCUGUUCACGGUGAUCGCGCAUCGAUCCUCGAUAAUGGAAAAUGUUCAACGUUGAUCGCUUUUCUUCAUCGUUUUCCGACCUUACUGUUACACGCUUUCGUUAUUGUUGACAAUUAUUCGGAUGUUUCGCUUUGUAAUGGCGAGCAUGUGCGAUCUGUUGCUGUUUCAACGAAUCGGUAUACAUUUCUUUCCGAACGUGACUCGUUACAACUUGAGAAAUUGACCGUACACGUAUAUGUACCUCCUUAUUGUUAUUUUAUCCUUUUCCCGUUCCUUUCGUUGUACGAGAGAAGGUAUGUAGUUGGUUAGUUUGUACACGACGAAUCGUUUACAUCACGUUAUUAGCUGUAAUCGAUGUAUCCACAAGUGAGAUUGCUAUUUGAUAAGCGGUAGCGUUCGACUUUUGUUCGAGCAUUUUUUACAAUCCAAUGGACAAAAUAUAUCCGAAUUAGUGGAAUAUAUAUAUAUAUACGAUACGUGUUUGCGAUUGAAACAUUGGUCGAUAUAAUAAUCGUCAAGCGAUAAUAACGCGCUCUAUGAUCGGAAGGAAAUAUCACGAAAGUCGAUCGAUACAUCGAAAGAUGAGAGGGAUAUGAUGUGCUCGAUGAUAUUCCGAAAAAUUUGGAAAUAUUUUCAGUUCGUGGUGUAAACAAAUGCGAUGUCGUUUUUCGACCGCUGUAUCGUAUACACAUAAGUAUAUGCGUGUGUUAUACAGUGUAUGAUACGUUACGUCAAAACAAUAACACGUGUACGCGUGGGCACAUGAUUAAUUGAAAACUUUAUAUGUUUUAUGCGAAUCUAGUCAAUUCGAUUCGUUGAAUCGUGGCGGUUUAUCGCAAUCGACCGAGUAAUUUUGCACGCGGUUUAAAUUGAAAAAGAAAACUAAUAAAUGGAAUGGAUCGUGAUUAAAAUUAGUCGAUCGUGGAUAAAACAUUUUAAAUUAAAUUCUAAAAUAUUAAUUGUAAUCUUGCGAAACGCUUCUAAAUUCUAAAUGCGUUAUUUUUUUUUUUCCUUCCGUCUUUGUUGUACGAUCUUUGUUGUACGAUUUAGAAAAACAAUUUGCUUGAUUCGCUUGCGUUAGAAGAAAAUGUUCUAUCCAACGGACAAGAAGCGACGAAUCAUAACCUAUACGUGCACAGUAUAGUAGUACUUAGACAGGUAUGCAUUGAACGCUCACGAUCGACGAUCAUCUUUUGAAAAUUUGUCGUCUUAGCUCCUACAUCUACGUAUAUGUACAGUAGACGUAUUCCGUUGCGUGUACACGUGAUUGUGCCACAGGAUGGAAACGACUCGAUGCAAUCAAAUGAUUUUUACGAUAACCGUUUCGAUUGCAUCGUUUUUAUCGACAUAUACGGAACGAAUGAUCCAAGAUCGAUCGACCAAGCGCUUCCAUAUAUUUAUCUCCUAAUUUUUCUUGUUAAUUUGAAGAAAUAUAUAGAGAAUAUUGGAAAAAAUGGAUGGAAAGAUGGAUUGGAAAAUCCGGAAAAAAUCGAUCUGUUUGUAGAUUUAAAAUGGAAAAGAAAGCGAAGAGAAAUGGAAGAGAGAUGGGCCGCGAAUAAAAUCUCGAUAGUCGAUUCGAUAGACAUCCUCGCUUUCGUACCUCGCACUCGCUACAGCCAUAGCCAUAACCGUUCUCGUUGCAAUUUCUUUAUCGGUUAAUGCGUAUCGGUUAAUCGUUGACUAUUGACGUCGUUGUGAAAUAUCAUGCGUUACCGUGAUUUUUAUAGUUAUCGCGUUAUGUUGUUUCUCGUUUAAUUGUAUAUUUCAUUGCUGCAUUUCGAGCAAUCGAGAAUUACAGUGUUUAUCGAUACACGAUCACGAACAGUCGAUAUAGAUGUAUGCUAUAACCGACAUCUUCUUUUGUCGCUAAUCAACGCUGUAAAAUUACGCAUCUAGCAUGAUUACAUGCAAAGAAAUAAAUAUAUGCACGCGUACGUAUACGCGAACGUACCUAUAUAACAAAUACAUACAUAUGUAUAAGUAUACACACGUGUACGCGUCGCGUGCCUAUACUUAUAGAAUACACAUACAAAGUAUAAAUAUUAUAUAUUGACUAUCUACGAUAAGCGAGAAACAUUUAUCGAGUAAUCACAUAGGAUGUGUUGAAACAUUUAAAAUGAUGCACAGGGUAUAGAUGAGAAAAUCGUUGAUAUAAUAACUGAUGUCUAUAUAAUGAAUGUUUCUUUUGUUCUAUCGGCCUCAAGGACACAAAGCGCGUACGAUCGACAAUUAAUCUAUGGUAGAUGUUUUUCAGAAUUCAUUCCGAUUCAAAAAGGACGGUUCUAGUAUAAGUGUCGUCGGUGUUAAUCGUUCGUCGAUAAUGAAAAAAAGAAGAAAAAAGAAGGAAAGAGAAACAGGGAAACGGAAAUGAAUGUAUGCCGUGCCGAACGGAACGAACCAUCGCUGCGAAUUAAUCGAUCCUUUCGAUUAAUCGAAUCAAUCGAUUGUAAAUUGAUCGCUAAGAAUUAAGUAUUAAGUAUAAAUAUAUUAUACAGAUUUAA